CCGGUGUCAGAGCCGACACAAGAGUAGCAUUAUGUCAAAACCGUUGUCAGACCACGACAGAAAGAAGCAGAUCUCUGUGAGAGGUCUUGCCGGCGUGGAAAACGUGGCAGAACUGAAGCUCGCUUUCAACAGGCAUCUCCAUUUUACGCUGGUCAAGGACAGAAAUGUGGCAUCCAAACGGGAUUACUACUUUGCUCUCGCCAACACCGUGCGCGACCACUUGGUGGGCAGGUGGAUCAGAACCCAGCAGUACUACUAUGAGAAAGAUCCAAAACGUGUGUACUACAUCUCGCUGGAGUUCUAUAUGGGUCGCACCCUGCAGAACACCAUGGUGAACCUGGCGCUGGAGAAUGCCUGUGAUGAGGCCAUAUACCAGCUGGGUCUGGACAUGGAGGAGCUGGAGGACAUGGAGGAGGACGCAGGCCUGGGAAACGGUGGUCUUGGACGUCUUGCCGCAUGCUUCCUGGACUCUAUGGCUUCUCUGGGUCUGGCUGCGUAUGGCUACGGUAUCCGCUAUGAGUUUGGCAUCUUUAACCAGAAGAUCGUCAAAGGAUGGCAGGUUGAGGAGGCUGAUGACUGGCUGCGUUACGGCAACCCCUGGGAGAAGGCCCGACCCGAGUACAUGCGCCCCGUCAAGUUCUAUGGCAGAACCGAGCACACCCCAGAGGGUGUGAAAUGGGUUGACACUCAGAUAGUGCUGGCUCUGCCAUACGACACCCCUAUCCCCGGCUACAGAAACAACAUUGUCAACACCAUGAGACUGUGGUCUGCAAAGGCCCCAUGCGACUUCAACCUGAAAGACUUCAACGUCGGUGGGUACAUUCAGGCUGUGUUGGACAGAAACUUAUGCGAGAACAUUUCCCGUGUGCUGUACCCCAAUGAUAACUUCUUUGAGGGCAAGGAGCUGCGUCUGAAGCAGGAGUACUUUGUGGUGGCCGCCACCCUUCAGGACAUCGUCCGUCGUUUCAAGGCCUCCAAGUUUGGCUCCAGGGAGAUCGUCCGCACAGACUUCGCCCAGCUGCCCAACAAAGUUGCCAUCCAACUGAAUGACACUCACCCUGCCAUGGCCAUUCCUGAGCUGAUGAGGGUACUGGUUGAUGAGGAGAAGCUGGAUUGGGACAAGGCCUGGGAUGUGUGUGUCCGUACCUGUGCCUACACAAACCACACCGUGCUGCCCGAGGCCCUGGAGCGCUGGCCCAUUGACCUGUUCCAGCACCUGCUGCCCCGUCACCUGGAGAUCAUCUUCGAGAUCAAUCGGCGCUUCCUGCAGUAUGUUGCCUCUAAGUUCCCUGGCGACCACGACCGUCUGCGCCGCAUGUCCCUGAUUGAGGAGGGCGGAUGCAAGAAAGUCAACAUGGCUCAUCUGUGUAUCGUUGGAUCCCAUGCUGUCAACGGCGUAGCCCGCAUCCACUCGGAGAUCCUCAUUGCCACGCUGUUCAAGGACUUUUAUGAGUUGGACCCACACAAGUUCCAGAACAAGACCAAUGGCAUCACCCCCCGUCGCUGGCUGGUUAUGUGCAACCCCGGCUUGGCUGAGGUCAUCGCAGAGAGAAUUGGAGAGGAGUUUGUCCGUGACCUUGACCAGCUGAAGAAACUGUUAAAGUUCAUUGAUGAUGAUGCUUUCAUCCGUGACAUCGCCAAAGUCAAGCAGGAGAACAAGCUGAAGUUCGCUGUGCACCUGGAGGAGCACUACAAGGUCAAGAUCAACCCCCAGUCCAUGUUUGACUUCCAAGUCAAAAGAAUCCACGAGUACAAGAGACAGCUGCUCAACUGUCUGCACAUGAUCACCUACUACAACCGUAUCAAGAAGGAGCCAAACAAGCACUGGACCCCAAGAACCAUCAUGGUCGGAGGAAAGGCUGCCCCAGGAUACCACACAGCCAAGAUGAUCAUCCGUCUCAUCACAGCUAUUGGUGAGGUUGUCAACCACGACCCCGUGAUUGGCGACCGCCUCAAAAUCAUCUUCUUGGAGAACUACAGAGUCACCCUGGCUGAGAAAGCCAUCCCCUCUGCUGACCUGUCUGAGCAGAUCUCUACAGCUGGCACAGAGGCCUCUGGCACUGGCAACAUGAAGUUCAUGCUGAACGGCGCUCUGACCAUCGGCACCAUGGACGGAGCCAACGUGGAGAUGGCCGAGGAGGCCGGAGAGAAGAACCUCUUCAUCUUCGGCAUGAGAGUGGAGGAUGUGGACGCAAUGGACGCCGGCAAAGGGUACCACGCCUCUGAGUACUACAACCGUAUUCCCGAGCUGAAACAGGCCAUGGACCAGAUCGCUGGCGGCUUCUUCAGCCAUAAGCAGCCAGACCUCUUCAAGGAACUUGUGGACCUGCUGAUGCACCACGACAGGUUCAAGGUGUUUGCUGACUACGAAGCCUACAUCAAAUGUCAGGAUAAGGUCAACGAACUGUACAAGAAACCCAAGGAAUGGACCAAGAUGGUGAUCCAUAACAUUGCAGGCUGUGGUAAAUUCUCCAGCGACCGCACCAUUUCCCAGUACGCCCGGGAGAUCUGGGGCAUGGAGCCCAGCCUGGAGAAGAUCCCUGCCCCCGACGAGCAACUCAAAUAAGCUGUGCGUCCACUCCACACAGUUCCCUUCUUCACCACUUACCCCACCACCCCACAAUAAGCACCAUUAAUAAAGCACUUCCCACUGGGCGCACAUUGGUAGAAUCAACGUUGUUUCCACGUCAUUUCAAUGUUGUUUCCAUGUCAUUUCAAGGAAAUGAUGUUGCACCAACGUGGAAUAGACGUUGAAUGGACGUCUGUGCCCAGUGGGUUGAAUAACUUUAGUGAUUGAUGUCCGUUUGACUAGUCUGUUUCAUACAUAGAGUUCUGGCUGUUCACAUGGCUCACACCAUCAUUGUUCAAACCCCUUAUCAUGACAUGCAUUGAGCCCACAAUAGCAGUAAAUGAGAAAUGAAGCAAUGCCUUCUGUUUAGUGACAACAGAGACAUGAAUUUACCGGUAUUCACUGUUCUGUCACUAAUCAGACCAUGCAGGUAUUACAGUCUUAACCGCUGUUGUUAUGGAGAUCCGUUUCUGAAAGAGUUUGUGUUUUUUUCUGCAGUUUGAGCUAUAUGUAUUUAUCUUAGCUUGAAUGCCGUCAAUAUUGUACAUGCAUUCUCAUAGCAUAGGCUCUAGUCAAUGAUGAGAACCAUCCUUCUUAAGGAACUGCCAUGAUUGUGACGUGUUUGCUCCUCCUACAUCUGCCCACCCCAUCAACCUGAUAUGUAUGGUGCCUAAAGGACAACCUCCGUGCAAACUCUCUUCGGGGACAUAGGCCUGCAUUAAUAUGUUGAUCCGUGUCUAGUCUUUUUACUCAAUCAGAUAGAAAACCAAAUGUUAAACAGCUGUAUAUUUGUCAACCUGUGUAAAUGUUUUGACCUAAAUAAAUUGACGUAUGCAUAUAGUCCAUUUCAAGACCUCUGAGGGUCAGCCUGGGAACCAGAGAAGAAGAGCCGUGGAGGGGCGGGAUAACACAGCUGCUCCACAGACGGAGGAAGUGUCAGUGAUUUGUUGUUGAGAAACCCACACAAUGGCCUUCCCAGACAUCUUUUUGUUUCACCUUAUGGUAAUCAACGAUGCCAACUGUGGCCAAGAAAGCCACAUCUCCCCGUCUUUUUAGGAUGUUCUUCAUACUAAGACAAUAAAGUAUAGUAGACCUUUGGCUUUUGUUCAUCACACACAAAGAUUCCACUGUCAGCAUGUGUACUCGAGAUAUGUUUGUAUCUUAGAAUUGAAGACCACAAGCUCAAACGAUGAAACAAGUAUAGUGGCCACCUACUUUGAAAGGGAAUCUGCUUGGUCAUACUGACAUGGUCAACAUUGUCAGACUGUGUGUUGAUAAGUAACCCCAUAAACAGAAGUGCAACACAUUGCAAAUGGAAA